CUUGAUCAUCGUCGUCAAAAUGCGGACUUUCAUUGUGGUUAUUGCCGCUACUGCCGUCGCCGUGACGUCCUCGUCCGUGCAUGUUCCGUCGGUAGAUGAUUUCGACAAGGCCCUACAUGAACACCGCAAGUCCCGUAACGCUGAUGACGCAGAGCCCCUCUCCAAAAGCGGACGCGACGUUCGACAAGCUGCUCUCGCCAAGUCCGCCGUCGUCAUUGCCGAACACAAUGCAAACCCGCAUCGAUCCUUCACCAUGAAGUGGAACGCCAUGAGCGACCUCACUGAUGCCGAGUACCUCGACCUCCUGCACACGUCACCCGACGAAGUCCACCCGCCGUCCCAUCACCGCGUGCAACCCGCCGACUCUUUCCGCCGCCGAAUGCUUGCAUCGGACAAUUCUGCAGACACCAUCGACUGGUCGACGAAGGAUGGCGGCAAGUACGUGACCCCUGUGAAGAACCAAGGCAGCUGCGGCAGCUGUUGGGCAUUCACGGGCGCCGCCGUCGUCGAGUCCAUGGCAGCCAUCCAAUCCAACACCCAAGCAGUUCCAUUGAGCGUGGAGCAAAUCCUGAGCUGCUCUCGGUCCCUUUUGCAUGUUCAGAGCGCUUACCCGAACCGCAUGGUGAGCUCCGCGAGGGGCUGCGGCGGCGGAAUGACGUUCCUCGCGUACCAGUACCUCGACCAGCUCGCUCCCCACGGCCUCACUUGCGAACCCGAGCUCCCGUAUCGCAUGAAACUUAUCGCAGACUCGUACGAUACAGCCCGCUGCAACGACGCGUUGAACGUGUCGGCCGCGUGGGAUACUGGGUCGUCCUCGUUCCUGAGCAUCCAGAAUGACGAGAAUGCGAUCGUCGCCGCCCUGCAAGACGGCCCCGUUAGCGUGAGCAUCGACGCCAGCGGCGCGGGGUUUCGUCACUAUGGCGGGGGUAUCUACGACGCCGCCGACUGCAAGACCGACGGCAUAUUUGUCGAUCAUGCGGUCAUCUUGGUCGGGUACGGCCGUGAGGAUGGACAGCUCUAUUGGAUCAUUCGCAACUCGUGGGGAAGCAUGUGGGGCGAGAAGGGGUACAUGCGGAUGCGGCGGUCGGAAGCAACGUCCAAGUCGGGGCCGUGCAACUUAUUUUUGUAUGCUUCGCAGCCCAAGCGCGUUCGCCACGUGGCUAAUGAAGUGUGCGACAAAACCACCCAAGUCGUAGCAACGCCAGAUCUGACGCUGUGGGCGUUCUGGCCCACGAACGUCGAGCAAGGGGCGCUGAUCUACGGCGUGUCGGCGGCGGUGGUCGUGCUCGGCGUCGUUCUGCACUUGUACGGGGAGUACCGCCUCGCGGUCAACUUCCCCAGACAAACGUACGUCGACAGCUUCAUGCGCAACCAACUGCCCACGCAAAGCCAGGUGCUCAUGCACAUGGCCCAGCGAAAAGCCAAGCAAGCCAUGGUCUAGUAACUACUACUAGUACAUACACUCUACUGUCCUUGUUGUGCGUGUUGAAAGUUGCACGAAAUAGCAUAGUGAAGAUAUCAAAACAUGUGUGAUUCAAAG